AUGGACGAUGAUGAAGACAUAUCCGCAUUAUCAGAGGAUGACAGCUACAGUGAUCAGAGUGAGGAUCAGAAUGAAGAUACUAAGAGCAAAAUAGUGUAUCCUGAGGAAGUAGUGGCACUGAACGAGCUGACGAAACAUAAAAGUAUGGACAAAAUAAAAGAAUAUGUACAUCGAAAAUCGAUCGAGCGCAAGAGGUACCGUCCCUUGUCACCAAGUCCACCAAGUCCACCACCGUCGAGGGAGAAAGCGAAAUACUGGGAAUGUCCUGGAGAAAAAGCAUCGAAGUCGCCAAUGUCACCAUCAACGUCGGUAAAAUAUAAAUCAAACGAAAGUGCUGCUACUGAUGCUCAAGCCAUCAAACGCCGCUGAUCUUAACCGAUGCCCUAGCAACCAAAUGCCGCUGAUGUUCAAGCCAUCGAUACCUGCG